UAUCGCCUCCACGAGUGAAAAUCGGGAUGUCACGAAUUAUCAAAUUUUUUCGUGUUUUAAGGAGGAAUCCAAAGAAAUCUAUAUUAUUCUCAGCACUUUUUGGUUACGGUAUCAAUUUUUCUAAGAACAAAUAUGAAGAGAAACUAAUGAUGAGAGCAUUCUGCGAGGAAGCCAUGGUGUAUGGAGAGUGUUCUAAACCACUCGGUGAAUCAGAACGACAUGUUACUGUCCUCUUGAAUCCUGCAGCCAAAGGCGGAAAAGGAAAGACACAGUUUGAACAUUAUUGUGCUCCACUGUUACAUCUUGCUGGAAUUAAAGUUGCAACUGUGAAGACUGAGCAUGAAGGACAAGCCAGAGACCUCAUGGAAAUCAUGGAGAACACUAGUGCUGUUGUGGUAGCAGGAGGUGAUGGAACCCUGGGAGAAGUGUUGACAGGUUUUAUUGCGCUCAGACCAAGGCAUCUUGCUGAAGCAACAAUGGCGAUAGUUCAUGCUCGACGACCUUUGGAUGUAAUGGAAAUAACACCUUUGGGAUCGGAACAAGAAGCCCCACCAAAGCCAGUCUAUGCAGCCUCAAUGGUUGAGUGGGGGGCAUAUAGAGAUGCAGCAGAAAGAAAUGACGUGUACUGGUACUGGUCUGUGCUGAAAAAGUAUAUGGUCUAUGUAUUCUCCAGCUAUAAAGACAUAUCAUGGGAUUGCUCAGCAGAGGUAGAAUAUUCCUCUCCAUGCUCCGGUUGUUCCCGUUGUCGAGGAGUUACUGCUCUUCAAGAUACUAAAAGGAAUAAAACCCCUGAACCUCCAAAAAGAUGGUGGAUGGCAUAUGUUCCUAAACCAAAACCAGCAUUUGGAAACAAAUCAGAGGUUAAAGUUGACUACAGUAGCAUAAUUAAUGAAGAGUGUGGAGUAAAACACAAAACAAAUAUCAACAAUAUCUGUGACCUCGUUAUCACUACAAGAAACACUAAACAAUCCUCAGAUAUCCCCAGCUAUGCUCUGCAUCUAAAAACAGGUCCAGCCAAUGUUGGAACAUUUGACUUUAUAAAAGAAGGUUGGAGCAGAGAAUGGAAUAAAUUGAAAAGUUAUGCUUCAGAAACUACUGUUGGGGAAGUAACAUUAAGACCGACAGGAGAUGUUAAAACAGCCACGGGCACUGAUCGAGAGCUGAACAUAGACAGUGAAGCCUUUGAAGUUCGGCCAAUGAAGAUCAGAGCAAUACCAAGUGCUGUCACUAUAUUUGCACCAGCAUCUCCCCCAGUUGCUGCCCAUGUUGGUUGAAAAGUGAUCUCAAGAUUUACUCCUAAAACAAAACAAACUUUGAUUUAAGGUGAAGAGAGUUUUCAGUUGAAUGAAAUUGGUACUUUAAAUAUGUAAUGUGGCUAUGAGUUGACCAUAAACACUUAGAUAAGAGUAAGUGUUUCAUGGGAGUGAGAGAUUUAGUUAAAAAUUAAUGAGAAGAACCUGUUAAUUAAUGAAUGACAUGAUGCUUGGUAAUUCUGUAAAUAGGGGAAGUGCCUUUGGUAAUAUUCUGUUGAAUUGUUUGAUCCCAUAGCCUGGGAAGAUAUUGGAAGCAUAAUGUGUUGUCUAAUGGUAGACCCUGCUGCCAUAUUGCAUCACGAAAAUUGUGACCAAGUCCCAGGUUGCUGAUCUGACUUUCAGCCUCAUUU